AUGGCAUUGUUAGCUAGAGAACGUGUUCGAGCUGAGUUCCAGGACUGGGAAAAAAAGGAAGAGGAGUUCCAUUUUGAUCAAAGCAAAGUUAGGUCAGAAAUUAGAUUGCGUGAAGGGCGUGCCAGGCCAAUCGAUGUCCUAACCAAGCACCUCAAUGGUUCUGAUGAUUUGGAUAUAGAAAUAAAUGAACCAUACAUGGUCUUUAAGGGUUUGACUGUUAAAGAAAUGAGUGAACUUCGUGAUGACAUCAAAAUGCAUCUGGAUCUUGACAGGGCAACACCAACCCAUGUCGAAUACUGGGAGGCUCUCCUCGUGGUAUGUGAUUGGGAACUUGCUGAAUCUCGGAAAAAGGAUGCAAUUGAUCGAGCUAGGGUACGUGGAGAAGAACCUCCUGCUGAGCUGCUUGCUGAACAAAGGGGUUUGCAUUCCAGUGUUGAGCCAGAUGUGAAGGACCUUUUACAUGGAAAGACACGUACAGAGUUCGAAGCCUUACAGGUUCACAUUGAGUCAGAGAUACGUACCGGUACAGCAAAGGUGGUUGAGUACUGGGAAGCCAUUUUAAAACACCUCCACAUAUACAAGGCCAAGGCUUGUUUAAAGGAAAUCCAUGCUAGAAUGUUGCGUAAGCAUUUGGAACGUCUUGAGCAACCAUUGGAGGAUGAAGAUGAACCGGAGAGUGCUCAUGACAUGAUACCUGAUGAGGCAUAUAUUGAGGAUGAUGCUAAAGUCCGUUCUGCAGAUGAGUCAUUUUCACCAGAGCCCAUUAGAGAGAAUCAAGAAGCUGAAGACGAGGCUGGAUCAUUUUCGCCACAACUGUUACAUGAUGAUGAAAAUGAAGAAGCUAUUGAUCUGAAGAGGACAGAGCUAUACUGGAGCGGAAACGUAUGGCUGUAA